AUGAAAGUCGAAGACACUUUGGAAUACUUGACCCGUGACCCAUUAUCAGGCCUUCCUGGAAUUGCGAUAGCUGCGUUUAAUAAAGAUGAGGUUUUCUUCAAAACAGCCAAGGGCCAGAUUAGAAAGGGGUCUGAUGACCAAAUGACCCUCAACAGUACUUUCUUAGGCUUUUCGUGCACGAAAUUGCUCACUACUAUCGCUGUUCUACAAUGCGUUGAAAAAGGCUUGAUCGAACUCGAUACUCCAGUCGACAGUAUUCUUCCCGAGCUAGAGAAUCCUGACAUCAUCAACCAAGGACCAAAUGGCACCUUCACUCUCGCGCCUGCCAAGGGAAGAAUCACUGUAUGGCACCUGAUAACUCACACAAGUGGCCUGUCCUAUGAUGCCAUGCACCCAGUGCUCGUGGCAUGGCGUCAAUCCAGAGGGGAGACCCCUAUGGUGAUGGUCGGCAAACUGCUAGAAGCCUUUUCCCACCCGCUUCUUUUCGAACCAGGCACUAGUUGGGUAUAUGGAUCAGGCUUAGAAUGGGCUGGUCUAUUGGUAGAGAGACUCAAUGGUGGUAAGACUCUAGGUGACUAUCUUGCCGACAACUUGUUCAGUCCUCUCAACCUGCAAACUUCGACCCUUCGUCCAGAAUCACGACCGGACAUGUUGGAGAAUCUGGCGCAAAUGUGUUAUCGUGCCGAUACAGGAAACUUGAGCCCGGUUCCCUCACCGUAUCCGCUGAAUGCGAGAGAUGAGUGUGGCGGCUUGGGUCUCGUCACAUCCACCUCGGAUUUUGUCCUCAUUUUGCAGGAUCUGUUAAAGGAAGCGCCGAUACUUCUUAAGACGAGCUCAGUUGCGAAGAUGUUUACCCCUCAGUUCGGGCCUGAUACACGUCAGUACCAAGAACUUGUGAAAGCAGAGGUAUAG